AUGCGGUCCGUUGAUUGUUCGUCCAAGAGAAACUGCAGCAAAUGCAAUAAGCGUCACCAUUCCUUCCUACACGAGGAAGGAAGGAAACCUGAAAGCAGUGUGAAUCCCAGCAAACAGUCCACCCCGAGUAAAGGAGAGAAUGAACGUGUCUCCUUGCCGGUAACACCACAGGCUACCGGUGAUGAGUCUGCUAAGUCCGCUUCGUCGUCGUCCGUUAUUGAGUCGUCCGUCGUUUCGCUAAAUGUGUCUCUUCCGAGUGUCUUGCUUCUUACUGCAGUGGUUCAUCUAAUGGACAGGAAUGGUCGACCCGUUCGUUGUCGUGUGUUCCUUGAUUGCGGCGCCCAGGCCAAUCUCAUUACUACCGCCAUGUACGAAAGGCUUGGUCUGGAAGGAUUUCCUGUCGUAAUAAACAUUGUUGGUGUCAGCAAUUCUCGAACGAAGUCUAGUUGCGCUGUUACGGUGAAUCUCGAUUCUCUCUAUAACGACUUCCAUGCAUCCUUGCAAUGCUUGGUAACUCCGAAGAUUACGAAUGUGCUUCCCACCAGACCUGUGGAUCCCUCUCGGUGGAACAUUCCGUCUGGACUUCAGUUGGCGGAUCCCCGAUUCCACAUACCUGCCGAGGUCGAUUUGCUAAUCGGUGCCGGUCAAUUCUUCAGUCUACUUCGGACUGGACAUUUCGUUCUUGGCGAAGGACUCCCGGAGCUCCGUGAAACCGAGUUGGGUUGGGUAGUUGCCGGUGAGAUUCGUGAUGAGUCCGCAGCGUAUGUCAACUCACAUCAGGUCAAUUCUGUUACCAUCGAGUCCCUCAAUGAGAUGAUUAAACGUUUCUGGGAGAUUGAAGAGGUCUCCAGUGUUUCACAGCGUACCGUUGAGGAAGAGGAGUGUGAAGAAAAGUUUCAAAAAUCCCACCGUCGUGAUCCGUCUGGAAGAUAUGUCGUGAAUCUCCCAUUCAAAGAAAACCUCCCGCAACUCGGUGACAAUCGUUCCUUGGCGCUUCGUCGUUUCUACUUUCUAGAAAGACGCCUCCUUCGUGACCCAGAGCUCCAUGCCCAAUACACCACAUUCAUUGAGGAGUAUGAACCUCUGAGGCACUGCCGAUCCAUCCGCGAGUCUGACGAUCCACCAGGGACCGAUAGCAUCAUCAAGGCUGUCGAAUGUCGUCAACAAAUACAGGGCUUGUUGCAAAAGGGUGGCUUCCCGGUACACAAGUGGUGUGCCAAUGAUCAGAGAAUCCUCGAGGGUGUUCCAGAGUCUGAUCGUGAAACUCUUGUCCAAUUGAAUGAAAUCUCCGCCAACGAAGUAAUAAAAACACUCGGUCUUCUGUGGAGCCCGGCCGGCGACGAAUUUCUGUUCACGAUCAACACAGAUCUUUCCGAUACGUCUCCUGUUACCAAACGGAUCAUGUUCUCUGAAAUCGCCAAACUUUUCGACCCGCUCGGUCUCGUGUCGCCGGUGAUCGUUCUCGCAAAACAUCUGAUGCAGAAGACCUGGGCUCUGAAAAUUGGCUGGGACUCUCCACUCGGAGGAGAAAUUCUCAAUUCUUGGUCACAAUUCCGUACCUCUUUGAACGAAGUCAAGGACAUUCGCAUCCCAAGGCAUGUGAUGGCUCCGCAGUAUGAGUAUGUUGAAUUACACGGAUUUGCUGAUGCAUCUGGCAUCGCGUAUGGAGCCUGUCUCUAUGUUCGUUGUGUUCAAUCAAAUGGUUCGAUCUCCGUGAAGUUGCUUCGCAGCAAAUUCAAAAUAGCUCCCCUUCAAGAACUAACAAUCCCUCGUAAAGAGCUUUGUGCUGCUUUACUGCUCUCGAAGCUGGUUCAGAAAACCAUGCCGGCCAUGCAAGUGGAGUUUUCUUCGUUGUUUCUAUGGUCGGACAGUCAAAUUGUCCUUGCAUGGCUGCGGAAGCCUCCGGCAAUGUUGCAACCGUUUGUACGCAACCGUAUUGUGGAAAUAACCGUUGAAAAUGGCCAUAAGCAAUGGAACUACGUUCGUUUGCAAGAAAAUCCUGCUGAUGUAGUUUCACGGGGACAGCUACCAGGAGCUCUGAAGUCAAACUCUUUAUGGUGGAACGGUCCUGAGUUUUUGCGAUCCCAUUCGUUCGAUCAACCAGAUGCGGAAGAUGUUCCUGAAGAGCACCUUCCAGAUUUUAAGUCCGCUUCCGUGGUAAUGUUGCCGGUCGCUACCGAAGUUCAGAUUGUAGUCGAUCGUGACUCCCACUUGCUCAGUGAGCACUUGGUGCUGAUCGUGCACCCGCACAUGCUCUAUUGA